CCCAAAUGGCAUGCCUGUCUUGUUGAUCAUUCUCAGUUGUAGAGAGACAAAGAGCUUUCCUUCUUACAGUGAGAGAGAGAAAAAGAUAGUAAAUUCUUUAGACCCACAAGGCACAGUCAUAAAAACAGAAAGCUAAAUAAAAGCAAACAUCAUUGAGACAAAGUGACGCAGCGCAUAAACCAUCAUUUUCUUUUCUGGUUCUUGUUUUCUUUAUUUUAAAUAAAUUCAUUUGGACCCCAAUUUUUUAUAUUCCCAAAAAAAUAAAAAAAAAUCUAUUGAACAUAUAGGAGAAGCUCAUCAUGCCACUCUGUUAAAUCUCUGCUUUGUUGGUUCCCUUGAUGCUUGGCAUCAAAGCUUCAUUCAAUCAUUUUUAGUGGCUCUUCUUGCACUCUUAAAUUCAAGAUUUGGGGUUUCGAAAAAAUUCCCAGUUAGCUCUUUCUGUUUGUAGGUGAGUCUUUGUUCUUUUCUGUAUUUUCAAGAAUUUGGGUGUUUCAAGAAUCACUUUUUCUUGCUAUUUAAGCUCUUUGGGAGUGGUGAGUUUCCUUUAUACUGUUAAAGGUUUGAUCUUUUUUUGUUUGUUGGCUUCUCGGUGAAAGAAAGAUUGGAACUUUUUUUCUUUACUGUUAAAGUUUUGGAGUGCAAUUGGUUUAGUAGCUAGCUUUUGUUAGGUAAAAGUGGGAAGUAAAGUUAGGUCUUUGAUGUUUUGUCCUAAUCAGGAUAUGUUUAUUCUUAUGAUCAAAGAGUUUCUCAGUUCUGAAUUGUUAACCUGAUUUCAAUUUCAUCAUCCAUGAUAAUGUAUAGUGGAUGUUGAAGUUACUGUUUAGUGAGUCCACAUUCUUGUUCCAAUUGUAAAUGCCAUAUAUUGAAUUAGUUAUGCAUUGAGUUUUGUUCAAGAAUGUCUGAAAUUAGAGUGACAAAGGUAGAACAAGGCCAAACCAAAAUUAGGAAUGUUCCAAUUGCUGUGACCCCGGAGGGUUUCUGGUGUUGUCCUUCUCCCAAUGUGUUUCAGAAGAGCCUCAAAACACAGAAUACUUUAAAUAAGCCUAGAACUCCUCUUCCUACAGCUCAAACCCCGGGUCAGAAGAAGCAAACUUCAGUAACUGAGAAAAGACCAGCUAGUGGUGCACCUAAAUCGGGUACGGUUUCUGAUGAAAAACGAGGUGUUAGUUCUGAUACACCAGCUGUUACUGCAUCGGUGCCUGCAGAGAGAACGCCUCGGUCAAAGACUGAAAAUGUACCAAAGAAAGUGUCCAUUGAGUUUGGUGAACCUGGAACUAGUGAUCUCAGGGUGAUCUUGCUAGGGAAGCAGGGUUUCACUGUGAAGUUGAAUGUUCACAAGAAUAUUCUGGUAGAAAAUAGCAAGUUUUUUGCUAAUAAAAUAUCCGAACAACAGCCAGUUUUUCCUUGCAUUGAAAUUGAUGAUUGUGAGGAUGUUGAGAUAUAUGUUGAAACCAUCGGCCUAAUGUAUUGCAAAGAAUUGAAGCAGCGGUUGAUCAAGCAAAGUGUUUCUCGCGUUCUGCGUAUUAUCAAGGUAGCGGAACAACUUGGAUUUAAAUCAUGCAUGCAGUCAUGUUUAGAGUAUUUGGAAGCAGUACCAUGGGUUGGAGAGGAAGAAGAGGAGAAAGUUGUUUCUUCAGUCCGACGGCUGCAGAGUGAGGGAAUUGGAGUGAUCCCUGUGUUAAAGAGGGUGUCAUCUGAUAUUUCUAAGCCUCACAAGGACACAUUCUCGCACAUCCUAGAGCUGGUGCUCAAAAGUAAUGAAGAGAGAGGCCGCCGGGAAAUGAAAUCUGUUGUAUUGAAGCUCCUCAGGGAAAAUAACUGUCUUCCAAGUUCCUCCGACUCAGUUGACAGUUAUAAUGAAAUAAUAUAUGGCUCGUGUAGAAGUUGCCUGGAUUCAAUGUUGAUUCUGUUCAAACAAGCAGCUGAACCUGAGUUCAGUGGGAACUCUAUUGAUUCCAGAGAUCCUGUAGUGAAGCAGAUGGUUCUAGAGGCUGAUAACCUCUCAUGGAUGCUUGAAAUUUUAACUGACAGGCAAGCAGCAGAUGAGUUUGCGGUGAUGUGGGCUAGCCAGCAGGAACUGGCUUCUCUGCAUACUAAGCUACCUAUUGUGUCCCGCCACCACCUGAGCUGCAUCACAUCAAAGCUAUUUGUAGGAAUAGGAAAAGGGGAGCUUCUGCCAUCAAAGGACACACGUAACCUCUUGUUACAGACCUGGUUACAGCCAUUGAUCAAUGACUACAGCUGGUUGCAGCAUGGAUGCAGAUCAUUUGACCGUAAGGUAGUGGAGGAAGGAAUUGGCAGGACAAUCCUGACACUUCCUCUGGAGGAACAGCAGAGCAUUUUACUUUCUUGGUUAGGCAGUUUCCUCAAGUCUGGUGAUAAUUGUCCAAAUCUUCAAAGAGCAUUUGAAGUCUGGUGGCGUCGGACUUUUGUCAGACCAUAUGCGGAGUCAGGAAAUAGCCGCCCAUUAAACCAAGUGAUGACUCCAAAGGUAACGGAGCAUUAGAAGUUCAACGUAUCAUGUAGAGGAAGCCGUUGAAGACCGAUGUUUUGUCGGAUUUAAGGAGGCUUCUGUAGUAUGCAAUCAAGGAAGCAUGGGGGUGUAAACUCAAUGGUCUUAAUGGUGGCUUUGUCAAAUCAAGGUAUAAACUACUCAUCCAGAUAAGGUCGAACCGAUUCCAAGAAUUCCUAUGUGAAUCAUGUAAAUUUCGAGUAUCAUUUCAAUUGUCCAAUUUGGUGUGUUCGUGAUUUGCAACAGAUAAUGUAAUACAAGUUGGUCUUGUGAACUUAUAGUUGGAUCAAAUUUUCUGACAGGGCCAUGGCUAAUGUAACAUAAUGUUUUAGCUUCCAUCCGCUUGUCACUCAUGUAGAGAUGAAUCUGUUAUAAAAUUUUACAAGUGAUAUGCAAGUUAUGUAAUAGUAUUUUUUAUAA